GACAAAAAAUGGAACACACCAGCAGUGUGAAGAGACCUGAAAGUGGCACAUGGCAUGGCAGAGUGUGGCGAUGGAGACAGCAGCAAUGGGAGGCCGUACAGGGACCCAUGAGAGACUCUGGACCUGGCAGCAGCAAGAGAAGGCGGUACAGGGGGGGGCCCAUGGCAGAUAAGGGGCCUGGCAGCAGCUAUGGGAGGCCCGUAAUCUGCCAGCACCCCUAUGACAAAAAAUGGAACACACCAGCAGUGUGUGAGGAAGACCUGAAAGUGGCACAUGGCAGAGUGUGGCGAUGGAGACAGCAGCAAUGGGAGCCACCGUACAGGGACCCAUGAGAGACUCUGGACCUGGCAGCAGCAUGA